AUGCCUGGGCUACCUUCAUCCGUCGAUCUCGACGAGUGCAUCUCGCGCUUGUACAACAAGGAGUUGCUAGCCGAGUCUGUCAUCGAAGCAGUCUGCGCCAAGACGAAAGAACUUCUUAUGCGCGAGUCCAACGUCGUCCAUGUCAAAGCGCCCAUCACAGUCGUAGGAGAUAUCCACGGCCAGUUCUUCGACCUAAUCGAGAUUUUCCGCAUCGGUGGCUACUGCCCCGACACAAACUAUUUGUUCCUUGGAGACUACGUUGACCGCGGCAUGUUCAGUGUCGAAACAAUAUCGCUACUAGUUUGCUUGAAACUGCGGUACCCUAAUCGCGUACAUCUUAUUCGAGGAAAUCAUGAGUCGCGCGGUGUGACACAGUCCUAUGGCUUCUAUACAGAGUGCUCGCGCAAAUAUGGUAAUGCCAAUGUGUGGCACUACUUUACAGACAUGUUCGACUUUUUAACUUUGAGCGUUGUGAUCAACGACCAAAUAUUUUGCGUACACGGAGGCCUUUCCCCUUCGAUCCAUUCAAUCGACCAGAUCAAAAUUAUAGACCGUUUCCGCGAGAUCCCCCAUGAAGGUCCCAUGGCCGAUCUCGUCUGGUCUGAUCCUGACCCUGAGCGCGACGAGUUCUCCCUUUCACCCCGCGGCGCGGGGUACACUUUUGGAGCACAGGUUGUUAAGAAAUUCCUGGCUGUCAACAACAUGUCGCAUAUCCUCCGCGCCCACCAACUCUGUCAGGAGGGCUUCCAGGUCCUUUACGACGACCGCCUCAGCACUGUCUGGAGUGCGCCAAACUACUGCUACCGUUGUGGGAACAUGGCCAGUGUUCUUGAAGUGAGUGACACGGGCGAGCGUUUCUUCAACGUUUUUGCGGCCGCGCCCGAGAACGAUGUCCACAAGGACCUCCAACCCGGAAACGAAAAGUCUGCCGACGGUAAUGCCUUGCCAGACUACUUCUUAUAG